AUGGGCUGGAUGAGCUGGGGAGCUGUGGCGCCUGACGCUCGCGGUGAAGCCCAAGGUCGCCUUGGCCCUUUCUCCCGAGAUGUCCCACCUCUGCAGCCGGGUGGACACACCAGCCUCUGCGCCUCGCCCUUGUGCGAGAUAACUUGUGAUGAAGACGACUCGGGCUCGGGAGCCGUUUCUGAUGCAUCACUGCUACAGAUGAACUUGAAGCUCAACUCUUUGCCGCCGGCGUGCCGCAUUUGGCAACACACAUACAUCCUGAACGCCCCUUGUGAACAUUUCGGACUUGGCCAAGCAGCGGGAUUUUUAGUGAGCGGCGCAAGCCGAAGUGGCUCACGCUUUCUCUCAAGGCUUUUUCAAGGCCUUGGAAUGAAUGUGAGCGAUCACUCUGACUCAGCGCGUGGUGCAGAUGGGGCUGUAAGUUGGGUACAUGGAUUGCAUCGCUCCAGCUGCACGGUACCCAGUUGGCAGAGCCCCAGAUUCUUCUCCAAGGCAUUUCUGCUUCUUCGGGAUCCACUCAAACAGAUCCCUUCGAGGGCCAGGAGCAUCAGGAGCACGGAGGAUUUCGACUGGUUGGAGUUUGCUCGUUGUGCUGCAGACUUUGGGCAGCCAUCAACGACCGCAACGGCUGACGAUCGAUUGCGCCUGGCGCUCAAACACUAUGUCCUCCAGAACAGUUUUGUGGAGAAGUAUGCGGAGAAGUCCUUCUGGGUGGAAGACAUUGACGCACAUCACCCAGCUACUUUGGACAUCAUCCAUGAGAUUUGUGAAGAGUUUGGUUCCACACAAGCCCAUUGUGACGAUGUGAAGCUACGGCAGCUGAUCUCAGGCUCCUUGCCGAUCGGCCAUUUGCUGAUCCCAGGUGUGAAGUGGAGCCAGUUGCAAGCCAUCGAUCGGCCAUUUGCCGCAAUGGCUCAGUCCCUGACCCGAAGACAUGGCAAGCAACUUUCUGUGAACGACCAACUCCCGGAGGUUCCCUGGGGGUUUCACUGUGACUUCGUAAACGACCUGUGGUCAUGUGCACUUCCUUCAGAAGCAGAGUCGCUACUGGACAGGAGCUUCAGCUUAGAGGAUAUGAUGCGUUCAAAAGAUACCGCACUUUGCGCCGAGCAACUACCGCCUUUGAAUGGGAGCAUGGUUCUGUCGGUGUCAGUGGCGCGAGCAGGGUCUGAGACACUCAGCAGAAUGCUGGGAUCUACUGGCCUCCAUUUGCACGAUCAUCAAUGCAAUGCGCACACAUUGCUGGAGCAUGGGGCUGGGCAUGUGAUAGUCAGCCUCAGACAUCCGGUAUCUCGAAUCGUGUCUGGACUGCAGUGGCACGCGCAUGGAGACAUAUCUCAAUCUGUUUCAGCCGAUGCCGGCGACGAAGCUGAACGUAGUGACUUAGGUCACCUGUCCGGGACGGCCUAUGCUCUUCAGGGAGCGGUGUUUUCUUUUGAUGAAUUCAACCACAGCUAUGUGGAUGCUCUGCGGAACAUUUCAGAUCCCAACCACCGUGUAGCCAUGGACGUGCAGUACCGGCCUUACAGCAACAACAUUUUCAUUCCUGUGGUCGACUUCUACAUGAAGGGAAUCACCAACGAGGAGCUCAAACGUUUGAGCUUCGUGUGCACCUGCACGCUGAAAGAAGACAUGGACAGGGUCUCCCAGAAACUGAACCUCAAUCUGGACACAGAAAUUCUCUCCCAUGAAUCUGCAUCGAGUAGCGAUGAUCCUGAAGUCCAGCGGCAAUGGUUGUCGCAGAGAAACAUCGACUGGAUUCGGGAGAUCUAUGCUGAGGACGAGGCAUUUUACCUUGAACAUUGCAGCCACUGUGAGUCCACCCAAGCCGCAUGA